GCUUCUGGAUGGGGAUUUCGGGCGCGCGCACUCUCUGAUUGGUUAGCGUUGUGCACACGGGGGCGAUGCGCAGAGUCAGCGCUGUAGUGCAGCGGUGCGGGAGGAGCGUGCGGCGUGUUUCCGAUCCUGUGUAUUUCACAGGGAGCGAAAGAUCGGCAGUAGGGGAGCGGGCGGUUAAAAAAAAACACGGCGAUGGAAGCCGAGUUUCGGGAAAUUGAUGAAUUCGGGAACUGGAACGCCAUUUACCAGGAAAUCAGACAACAGUCAAGUGAACUGCCCUGCAAGAUUGCCAAACUUCCAGAGAACAGAAGCCGCAAUCGCUACAGAGAUGUCAGCCCAUUCGACCACAGUCGAAUUCAUCUACAGCUCGGCAGCAGUGACUACAUCAAUGCCAGCCUGAUCUCCAUGGAGGAGGCACAGAGAAGCUACAUUCUCACUCAGGGUCCUUUGCCUAACACAUGUGGGCAUUUCUGGGAGAUGGUGUGGGAGCAGAGGAGUCGUGGAGUUGUCAUGCUGAACCGUGUCAUAGAGAAGGGAUCGGUGAAAUGUGCACAGUACUGGCCACAGAGGGAGGAGCGGGAAGCAAUUUUCGAGGACACAAACUUCAAGCUGACUCUUGUUUCAGAGGACGUGAAAUCAUACUACACAGUCCGGCAGCUAGAGCUGGAGAAUCUUUCAACUCAGGAAACCAGGGAGAUUCUUCAUUUUCACUAUACCACCUGGCCUGACUUUGGUGUGCCCGAGUCUCCUGCCUCUUUCCUCAACUUCCUGUUCAAGGUGCGAGAGUCUGGCUGUCUAAACCCAGAUCAAGGGCCUGUAGUGGUCCACUGCAGUGCCGGCAUCGGUCGCUCUGGAACCUUCUGCCUUGUAGAUACCUGCCUCCGGUUGAUGUCUUUGCGAAAAGACCCGUCCUCAGUCCAGAUCAAGGAUGUUCUCCUGGAGAUGAGGCGGUACAGAAUGGGUCUGAUCCAAACAGCAGACCAGCUCCGAUUCUCCUACCUCGCCGUUAUAGAGGGUGCUAAAUGCAUCAUGGGAGACGCCUCUAUCCAGGAGUCAUGGAAGGAGUUGUCAAAUGAGGAAGAUCCUCCUCCAGAGUUCACUCCCCCUCCUAGGCCACGUCCACCAAAGCCCCCCUACAAUGGUCCCCAGUCCACACCCCAGUUUUUUCCUGAGCACGAAGUUGUACAGGCCAACAAUGUCAUCUACACAAACAGUGCUUCAGAGUCGGAGAUUCGAAGACGGACGGUGGUGCCGGUGGCAGCUUCGGCACCAACGGAGCUUGAGACGCCGACAUUGCCUGCCAAUGAGCCUGAUGAUGCCAACGCUCCAAAGCCAAGCGAACCAGUCACCAUGACGACAGAACCUCCACCUAAACCAUCACGGUCACCACCAGAGAAGAGGCCUGAGGGACAGAGAAGCUCCCUGCUCACGAGCAUGUGUGUGUUCACCAUGCUCGCUCUGGGAACAUACAUCUGUUACCGCUCCUACUUUCACUGAUUCUCUCUUUCUUUCUCUGUCUCUCUCUCUCUCUCUCUGUCUGUCUUCCUGCCUCUCUCUCUCUCUCUCUCUCUCUCUCUCUCUCUCUCUCUCUCUCUCUCUCUCUCUCUCUCCUUCUUUCUGUGGUUAGUGUGAGAGUGGGCAAAUAGCUUCUACUGGCCAGCCAGCUCUCUACAUCCUUUAAAAAAAAAUAGAGAAUAAAAAACAGGAGAGAGAAAGAGAGAGAGAUGGAGAGGGCCAGACACCUGCCAUCAAGCCCUGUCACUGUUUGUUUCAAAAAAAUAUCCCCACUUCUUUUCCUUACACAGUUUGUGGAAGGCUGUAGAAAAAAGACUUUCUUAGGCAAACUGCUGUUGUUUUUAACCUUAUUACAUGACACAAACACACAACACCACACAAGCAAUCUGUCUGUUUAAUAGCUCAGGGCCUCACAUUUCAGGUGUCCCCCAAAUAUGACAUCCAGGUUUUACUUAUCCAAAUAAACCCUUUUAUUAUUGCUGCAAUAAGCAAGGGAAUGUCUGUGUGUCUACUGUGUGUGUGUGUGUGAGAAUGUUUGUUUUUGUGUCAGAGUAAUAGGUUGUGCGAAUACAUGUUUGUGUCACAGUUAAAGUCAGCGUUUUGAGAAAUCAGUGCAGUUUGAGUGUACCUUAACUGUCACAUGUGGACUCCAGUAGCUUUGGCAAUCUGUUUAGCCUUCCCAAAUAUCCAGUGUUGGUUUUUUCCCCCUUCCCCCUUCCUCGCCUUGCUAAGCUUUAAUGAUGCCCUUUGCAGAGCUACAAAAGUUGUGUGUUUGUGUGUGUAUACAAGUGGGGAGUGGAGGGAGUGGUACCGAGUCCACUCUGAAAGCAAUCUUGCCAUUUUAUGAAAUAAAGGAUUAUGUUCUUCCUGCCCAACUGCAAGGGCUCACAUUUGCACUUAGCCUGUUUUUAAAAAAGAAAAAGAAAUGUCAUGAUUGAAUUAUCUUGAUCAAAGAUAAGACACCAGCGUGUCCAUUCUACUCAUGUGCAUGGAUUUGCUUUAGCGCUUACGGAAACUUGUGGAAUGUGUUUUGGUGCCGUUGGUUUUGCUUCCAUUUUUACAACUUGUUUAUUUUCCAUCUGUCUUGUAAGCAUUUGAUCAACAUAUUCAGGGACUUUGACCUUGUUUGUAUGCUGUAGUCUGACUCCCUGAAAGCUUUUCUGGCUUAGACCCAUGUAAUGUAUUGGGAAGGGAGACAGAAAGGAUGUUCUGAACGUUACUUAAAUGUUGUUUCAAGGUUAUGACUCUCUAACCUUUGCAGGCCGCGUUUACGCACAACACCACCAGGUCCUCCUGUGAGGAUGCGUCCUGGCUUGAACCCAUUUCCAGUUUAGUGGUUGCAUUCAUAGCAUGCUGGAGGUAGCUUAAAAAUCAUCUAGCCACCAGGAGGCAGCACUGCAUUAGGCUCACCAGAAAAAGCAUCUUUUUAAGGGUUUGGUCAUCAUUUCCUUAUUUUCUUGCUCCUUCCCUAGCAAUAUGUAAAUCCAUCUUGAAUGUUUGUGUCUUUAGAAAUGGCUGUUUUGGGAUGCAGCUUGUAGUUUGUAAUGGCAGCUGUGACGUCUGGUUCCUUCACCAAACGCCAACGUGGAUAAUUGAUUUUUAUUUUUUCUCCUGCUUAAGAUCCCGAUUUCUAAUUCCGUGUUUUGUUCUUUGUGACAACUUUUGGAUUUUAUGAAAGCCAUUUAGGAAUUUGUGUCAUUUGUAAACUCCAAAAAACUUAAAAUGAACGAACGAAUGAAUAAAAUAAAUAUGACAAAACAUUCUUGUUCUGCGAGUAACAUGCUUUGGUCAUUCCUGACGACUUGGUGCUCAGCUGUUUGACUAAGAUGGAUCAUUUCUGCUCAUAGAUAGUUUAAAAAAAGGUGGUUUCAGAGAGUUAAGGGUGGGGUUUUUUCUUGUUGGCAUCUUCAUCCAGGACUAUAAUAACAACCUUAAUUUCUCAUGUAGGUUCUUAAUAAACUAGUGGUUAGAUAAUAAUGGAUUUUAGGUUUAUCAGGAUGCUUUAGGUUUUUUCAAUCUGGUAAAGGAACAUGUGAUCAGGUGUAGGGAUUAAUGGCUUUGUUGCUAUCUUAGAUUUUUCUAAUUAAGAUUGAGUUAAAUGUAUUUUCCUUCACAGUGGAGCAUAACGACGGAACAGACACCAAAAUUCAAAUUUACGCAUAUACCUCUUCAUAUGUUUUCUAUGUUGAAACCUUGGAAUAGACCUUAAAUGACUGAAUGGAAGUUUGCAUGGGUUAAAACAGGAGUCUAAUUGGUUUAGACUUAAAUAUUUUUUUCUAUUUUCUUAGCCUUUUGUAAUUCUACUGCCUCUUUAUAAUCAAUAUAAUUAGACUUUUGAUUGUAUUUCACCUUUCUGCUGGGGGAAAAACAUCAGUGCUCAUUCAAUGCAACUCUACUUUGGCUUUUGUGGUUUGAGUCUUAAGGUCCAGUUAAUUCUAGUCAGGUUACACAAUUCUCAGUUUUUUUGUUCUGUCUAGAAUGUCUAAAAUGUAAUAACCUCUUUAUGGACAUCCUAAUUUCACUACCUGUUAACAUAAGUUGCUUUGUGCCAGAUAUAUCAAUUGUGUGUUUUUGUGUGUAUGCCAAUGUGUGAUGUAUUUUUCGACUGGCAAAUUGGCAGAAUCUUUUUUUUAAAAAAAUCUUACCCGUAAUAUGGAAGGCCUCACUGUUUUUGUUUGUUUCCAUUUCCUUCUCACCUCCUUUUUGACAUCUAUUUUAUAUCAUAAUCCAUCUUUUUGUAAUGAAAAAGGACUACUGCAUUGUUGUGGAUGGAUCUGAUUUACAUUGGAGAUCUUUUUUUAAUUUUCAGACUGAUAGACAAACACUGUGGUAAUAAAAUCAUGUCUUACA